UUGGCAGCGCGGCGCCGCAAGUGCCCCCGCGCUGGCUUUGUACGCCGAACAGCCUGCAGGUUCUUUAACAAUGGGCGGCGCGGGUGCCUGAGUGCUGCGCUGCAGCUGAGGCCGGUGCUUUGCAGCUCACUGUCCGCAGCAUGAGUGGGGCCGGCAUACCCUGCACGCCGGCGGGGCUGUGGCUGUGACGGCCGCGGUUCCGGACUGAAGUUACAGCGUCUAGCCAGGCGCGCCUACGGGUCUCAUGGAGCUGGAGGGGCAGUGGUGGCGAGGACAGCUGGCUGCCGACAUCCACCAAGCGCUUCGGUACAAGGAGCUGAAGUUGCCCUCCUACAAAGGCCAGUCCCCUCAACUAAGUCUCAGAAGGUAUUUUGCUGACUUGAUUGCCAUUGUGAGCAAUCGCUUCACACUCUGCCCUUCUGCCAGACAUCUUGCUGUCUAUUUACUGGACUUGUUUAUGGAUCGCUAUGACAUCUCUAUCCAGCAACUGCAUUUAGUUGCACUUUCCUGUCUGCUUUUAGCAAGUAAAUUUGAAGAAAAAGAAGAUAGUGUGCCUAAGCUGGAGCAGCUCAACAGCCUGGGUUGUAUGACUAAUAUGAAUCUAGUGUUAACAAAACAGAAUUUGCUGCAUAUGGAACUAUUACUAUUAGAAACCUUUCAGUGGAACCUCUGCCUCCCAACAGCUGCCCAUUUCAUUGAGUAUUAUCUCUCUGAAGCAGUACAUGAGACAGAUCUUCAUGAUGGCUGGCCAAUGAUUUGUUUGGAAAAAACUAAACUCUACAUGGCCAAAUACGCAGAUUACUUCCUGGAAGUAUCUCUACAAGAUUAUGCCUUUCUAAAUUAUGCACCUUCUUUAGUAGCAGCUGCAUGUGUGGCUUCUUCGAGGAUUAUACUUCGACUUUCUCCAACGUGGCCUACUAGACUGCAUCGUCUUACUGCUUAUUCGUGGGAUUUCUUAGUGCAGUGUAUUGAACGACUAUUGAUUGCUCAUGACAAUGAUGUAAAAGAAGCAAACAAACAGAGAGGACAGUCAGGCCCUCAGUCAGCACAAAUAGGUGUGUUCCAGACAGCCUCCCAGCCCUCACGGCCAGUUCACUUUCAGCAGCCUCAGUAUCUCCAUCAGACUCAGCAGACCUCACUGCAGUACCGCCAUUCUGUAACAGAGCAACCCAGCUGCCAGCAGAUUGGGUCUACCACACACACCUCAUCUUACACACUACAGACAUGUCCUGCUGGCUUCCAAACUAGUGUUCAGGGCCUUGGGCACAUGCAGACUGGGGUUGGGAUGUCCCUGGCGAUACCAGUAGAAGUUAAGCCCUGUCUGAGUGUUUCUUACAACCGGAGUUACCAGAUAAAUGAACAUUACCCUUGUAUUACUCCAUGCUUUGAAAGGUGAUUGUGUAUGAAGCCAAAAACUGACCCAGACUAUUUUGUGGCAUGAAGGCCUGGGGCAUCCUCUUAGUUUAUCUUGUCUUCAGAAGAAAAGAGAUCAAAGUACCGUCAGAACUCUUCAGGCACCCAGCACCAGGAAGACUGAAUAUCCGUUCAAUGUCCAUGAAUAUCUAGGAGAACUAACAGUGUGUGUCAAAUCCUGUUGCAACCAAUUGCUGUCCAACAAAAAUGUUCAAGCCUGGCUGAUGUUCCAAAUAUCUCAAAAAUACUCAUUCAACAAAAAAUUUGGGACAGAUUCCAACUUGCCACUUUGAAAUUUGACCUGUGGUAGGCUCUGGGCCUUGUGUUUGCUUAUGUGUCAGAGACAAAUGUUUAUCUGUGGACUUGCCAAACUAUCUUUUAUGAAGGAAAGUUACAGUAUUAAGUUUUGAAGAGAUCCUUUUUUUAUUCAAUUUUAGUUUUACUUUUGAGCAACAGAUGAAUUUCCUACUUAAGUUAUUGUGUUAUACCAACUGUGCAGUUUUUUUUUUUCAAAUUAUGUAAUUUCCAAUCAUAGAUAAUAGGUAUCUGGAUUUAUGUACUAAAAUUAGGGGUGGAAUAGAUGUCAUAUCUUGAAAUCGUGGUCAUAAUUUUUGAGUUUUUUUAUUUGCUUUUUUUUUUCCCCCUAAAUGAUUACCUUAAAUCCUUAGAAUUAAAACGCAUUUAACUCAGGGAAUUUGUACUACUUGGAAACACUUAACUACACUUAACUGUAAUUCAACAUGCUUUGGGAAUGUUACAGUGUGAACUACCUUUAGGACAGGUUUAAAUACUCCUGCAAGGAUGUGUUUUCAAAUGAGAAGAUAAUGUUGUAGCACAAAGUGAAGUGAAUAGGUAUUGCAUUUCUCAGUGCAAUCAAUGAUUUAUACUCAGAUUUGAUACUACCCUUUAAAAAGUUUUUUUCAAGAGAAGACAUAUCUGUAAGCGUCAGUCCCAUAGGUUGGUUUUGGAGCGGAGGGUGGCCAGGGUGAUACUCAGGUUGUGCUAGUGCAGCACUUUGUAUAUGGAAGACAGGUAUUAUAAGCAGCUUUGGAAUCCAGCUAGUCAGUCCAAGCAGGCAGGGUGCUGGUUACUAAAUUUCAGUAGUCACUUUCUUUAGAUUGACUCCAUUUCCCUGUACUGGUAUUGAAAGAGAGCAGCAAUAAUAGUCAUUCCAGCAAGAGCAAGUUAGCAGUAAAAUAUUAUGGAAUUACAAAGGAAAACAGGUUGUAACAGAUAAGUUAUACAUUGUGCUCUUCUCUAGGAGGGGAGAGAUUUGGUGGAGGGAAGCUUUCUGGUUUAAAAAUUAGUAAGGUGUGUAUUUUGUUUGUGUUUUUUUAAAGAUAGCACUUGAAUAGAAAAGAAUCUGCAUGGCAGAUAGGUGACCACCACAGUAUGCAUUGAACACAGACUUUAUUUUAAAGAUGUGGGUAUGCAGCAGGAGUCUCAGUAAUCAAGCCAGUUGUCUUUGUUAAGAAGGUAAGGGACUCAAUACAGUAAUGGACUGAUGCCAACAGCUCUAGUGGAUGAAUGGGUGGGGUGGCUUCUGCCAGCAUAAGUUCUUAGAGAAAUGUCCUUUCUUAAAAGGAAAAUAACUUUAUAUCUACGUGGAGUACAUAGGGCAUGAGGUGUAUUUAAUAGUCUGGUAAAUAAAAUAAAAACCACUCAGGUAAGAACACCUACUUAUGACAGUUUUCAAGCAUGAAAAUUGUUUUCUGAAAGCAUCAUCUCUUUUCCUCUUUUAAAGGGCUGCUAAUUGGUUUUUAAUAGUUCUUACCAUAAGAAAACUUGAAUUAUUUGGAGGGAAAGUAGGUUAUAAAAAAUAAUACACCUUUCACAUUCAUAUAGAACCCGGUAACCUGAAGUCCAAUUUUCAGUGUUUUAACUACCUCAGUAAUGUUAUGAAUGUAAGAUACUGGGAUGGAGAUCCUAACUUGAACCAACAACCAGUGCCUGUGGUAAUUUAAUGUCUUGUCAAAUGCUUUUAUUGAUUGGUUUAUAUGUCAUUCUUGUUGUAGAAAAAUAAUGCCUUUUAAAAAGCCUACUAACGCUUUCCCAAUUUAUAUUUUUUAAAAAAAGCUAAAGAACACUGGAUUAAUCUUUGGGGAGGGGUAGAAUAAAAUAAUUGAUUACAGUUGCUGCAUACCCGUGAUGUGGUUGGGUGGGUGUAGAACCAGAACCAUUUUUAAAACAAUAGAUUUCAAUAUAAAUACAAUUCAUAACUGUUAGCUUUUGGGGAGGGAAGCUGUGUGGGUUUUGUUUAAUUUAUUGAUUAGUCAAUUUUUCUUUUGAGAUUACCGGACCAUGACUAAAUGUGUACUGUGAAGAGAUUAAUAUGUAUAAGGGCUUAACCAAAGUCCACUUAAAAAAACACUACUCAAGUACAGACUGCAAACCAAAAUGUAUCUGUGUGAUAACAUUAAUUGCAAAUAGUAUGGUGCUAAAGUCUACACCAAUGGAAUUAGAUGAGUGCUAUGCACUCAAUUUUAAAAUAAAACUAGUUUUCACUAAAA